AUGAGGAGCUCGCUGCCCCAAGACCAAGAACUCGCUGCGCAAGAUGAGGAACUCGCCGCCAAAGACCAAGAGCUCGCUGCCAAAGAUCAGCAAUUGCGCUCCAAGCUGGCCGCCAAAGAUCAGAAAUUCAACUCCAGACUGGCUGCCAGAGAUCAACAAUCACGCUCCGAGCUUGCUGCCAAAGACAAAGAACUUCAGCAACUUCGCUCAAAUCUCGCCGUUAAAGACAAGGAGCUCGCUACUAAAAGGCAGGAGCUGAAAAAGCUUCGCUCCGAUCUCGCUGCCAAAGAGCAGAGCCUCGCUACCAAAGAGCAGAACCUUGCUGCCAAGGAUCGUGAACUCAAGUCAGCUCUUGAUCGGAUUGAUGUUUUUGAGCGCAAUCAGCCCGCCGUUGGAUCUUUUUCGAGCUUUGACGGUCCCAUACCUCAAGUGCCUCUCGCAACUCUUGUCGUCGCCACGAGCAAUUUUGCCGCUGAUUCUCUGCUCGGCAAAGGAGCAUUUGGUUGCGUGUAUGGCACCAGAUUGCCUGGCCCUCGUGUUGCCAUCAAGAGGCUGUCGACUGACUCCAAGCAAGGCGCUGCCGAGUUCAAAGCCGAAUUGGACUCUUUGUCAAAGUUCCGCCACGCAAACAUUAUUGCCAUUCUGUCAUAUGCAGAAGAAGGCGACGAACGAUGCUUAGUUUAUGAAUUCAUGCCAAAUGGUUCGGUGCGUGAUCGCUUGGAUCGCAAGAACCAUACGCCUCCGCUGAUCUGGUCUCAGCGGCACCGCAUUGCGGCUGAUGUCUCCCGCGGCAUGCACUACGUCCAGACAGCCUUCCCUGACCACACGCUGUUCCAUCUGGACCUGAAGACCGACAAUGUGCUUUUGGACGCGUACUUUAACGCAAAAGUGUCUGAUUUUGGCUUGGUUCGUAUUGCGACACACCUUGAUGAGCAAAGCUACCAGCGCACCCAGCACGUUCAGGGCACAAAGGUGUACAUGUGUCCCGAGUUCUUUGCGGAGGGCAAAAUGACCAUCAAGACGGAUGUCCACUCGUUCGGCAUGAUUCUACUCGAGCUUGUGACCGCUGCCAAGCCUGGGCCCAGACUGAAAGCAGAGACGCGGAAAGCUGUGAAAACCCAGAAAAUCAACGAGAUGCUGGACUCGGCACUCAGGCCCACCAGAGCAGAUCGCAAUCGCAUCAAGAAGACAGUCACGCUCGCGCUCGAGUGUCUUGAUGAUAUUGCUGACGAUCGCCCCUCCUUUGGACAGCUCAUUGCUACAUUGGAUCCUUGA